AUGUGCGAACACAGUGGACUGGAAGCGGCGGCAGCCACAGCUGGCGGACGCUUUUGUGCCUGUGCGCGGGAGUGUUGCUCAUUUGCGGUGCGUCUUUUGCCGCCGCGACGGGAUCAACGCACACGCGGUGCCAUGCAGAACAAUUCCAAUGCAGAGACGGAAGCUGCAUCUUACAGGCGAAGAUACUACAAGCGUUGCCAGGGACCGCAUUGGUUCCCGUGUGCUCAGCCACACGGUGCCUGCCUGGCAAAGGAACUAAUAUGCAACGGCAUUGAUAAUUGCGUCAAUGGCGAGGACGAGCGAAACUGCCCUGGACGCUCCAGCAGUUAUUUGCAACGCAACUGCAGCAGCCAUACUGAGUACAUGUGUCAGGAUCGUAGCUGCAUACCAUUGGACUUUGUGUGCGACGGCAAAGCUGAUUGUGCGGACAAUUCGGAUGAGACUGCAGGCUGCAAGCAAUCAACGAGCAGCUGCACCAAUGGACACCUCUGUGCCAAUGGACGCUGCCUGCAACGCAAGCAGUGGGUUUGCGAUGGCGUCGAUGAUUGUGGCGACAAUAGCGAUGAGCGCGAGUGUGAUAAAUUUUGCCAACCGAGUUUGGGUAAAUUUAUGUGUCGCAAUCGCUCGCAAUGUUUGUCACUGGAUAAGGUAUGCGAUGGCCAGACACAGUGCAGCGAUGGCUCCGACGAGAGCGAAACUUGCCACGCGAAACCCGACUGCAGCACCAAGACUUGUCCCACUGGUUCCACAUGCCACAUGCUGCCCAACAGCGGACCCGAAUGCUAUUGCCCCAAAGGUUUUCGCAUGGCCAAGUAUAUGCAACGCUGCGAGGAUAUAGACGAGUGUCAGGAGCAGGAGGAGGACGAAUCUCAGCAGCAGUGCAGUCAACGUUGUGAGAAUACAUCGGGUAGCUAUCGCUGUUCCUGCGAUGCGGGCUAUGAGCUGAAUCCAAGCGACAAUCGCACUUGCCAGGUGCAGCAGGAGCAUGUGCCGCUGCUGCUCUAUACCACGCAGGUGGCAGUGAUGGGCAUGCAGCUGGACAGAUCACUGCGUCCGCAUGUCUAUGGCGUUGCAAGCAAUUUAAGCAAAGUGAUAGGCGUUGCCUACGAUGGCGAUCACAUCUAUUGGACGAAUAUACAAAACGAAGCCGAGAGCAUUGUGCGUGCCAAAGGCGAUGGCUCACUAGCCGAAAUCCUGCUAACCUCCGGACUCGAUGCGCCCGAAGAUUUGGCCGUAGACUGGCUGACACACAAUAUUUAUUUCACCGAUAAUGUCAUGCAACAUAUUGCGGUAUGCAGCGCAGAUGCGCUAAGCUGUGCUCCACUCGUCACAGAGGAUGUACAGCAGCCGCGCAGCUUGGCGUUGUGGCCACAGCGCGGACUUAUGUUCUGGACGGAUUGGGGUGUUAAGCCGAUGAUCGGACGCGCUGCCAUGGACGGACGCCAGGCGCAUGCCAUUGUCAACGAUAAUAUCCACUGGCCCAAUGGCAUUGCCCUGGACAUGCAUCAGGAUCGCAUCUACUGGGUGGACGGCAAGUUGGGCAGCCUGCAGAGCGUGCGCAGCGACGGCAGCGCCAGGCGCAGCGUGCUGGAAGGCUUACUCAAGCAUCCCUACGGCUUGGCCAUAUUCGAGGAUCAGCUGUACUGGUCGGACUGGCAUACCAAGAGCUUGCACGCGUGCCAUAAGCAUACGGGCAAGAAUCAUCGCGUGCUCGUGCGUGAUCGCACCAUUUAUGCUGUGCACGUUUAUCAUCCUGCCAAGCAGCCGAGACUAGCGCAUGCUUGUGAGAGCGCACGCUGUUCGCAUCUGUGUUUGUUGUCGGAACCAUCGCUGGGUGGCUACAGUUGCGCUUGUCCAGCCGGCAUGCUGCUGGCGCCGGAUCAGCGUCGCUGCCUGCAGCAGCAGAAGCGUCAGCGUCUAUUCAUUGGCGCUGGCCAGCAGCUGCUCGAGCUGGAGCACACCACCUUUGGUCGCCAUUUGGUGAGCGCUUCGCACAGCUUGCCCUGCUAUAUACACGAGCUGCUCUACAAUCCGCUGAACAAUUCGCUCUUCAUAGCCGAUAAUCUACAGCAUGUUAUAUUUGUUUUCGAUUUGCUAGCGACUGGAGCAGAGCCGGCUCUGCAGCCCUUGGUGCAGCACAAUUUGGGCAACAUCAGCGGCAUGGCCUUGGAUAGCCAGGCGCAGAAUCUCUACUGGACGGAUGCAGAGCGUAAUGUCAUCGAAGUUUAUUCGCUGCGCACGCAUCAACGCGCCUUGGUGCGUUUCUUUUCGGGCGGAGAGCAGCCCAUUGGACUAAGUGUAAUGCCCCAAGCGGGCUUCCUCUUUGUGGCAUUGAAAGCUCGUCGGUAUACGCAUAUCGAUCGUUUGCCCUUGACUGGGCGUGGCCCGCAGCUGCAUGUCUUCGAGCAGGAGCUGGGCGAUGAUGAUAUUAAAUUCAUUGCCGAUACCGAUGGACAUACGCUCUAUUGGUCCGACAGCGAUACGGGACGCAUUAGCUAUACAAACUAUAUGAAGACGCAGGCUCAACUGUUUCGCGCCAAGCUGCGACGUCCUUACUCCUUGGCCUUGCUGCAGCAGGAUUUGUUCUGGACAGAGAUUGGCACACCGUCGAUCUUUUGGACGCACAAACAUAAUAUUGGACUGCGCAAACGCUUUGAACUGGAGCCCAAUGUUGCCGGCGCCAGCGUUAGCUCCGGCCUCUUCAGUGGCGCGUCCGGAAUCUUCAGGCAUACGCUGCCCGCACGCUUGGUGCUUGCCGGCAGCAGCAGUUUACCCAGUGCCGCAACGACUCCUGCACAUGCUUGCGUGGUGCACAAUGGCGGCUGCUCGCACAUCUGCGUUAGCGCUGGCCAGGAUCACAGCGCUUGUCUUUGUCCGGCGGGUUAUGUCUACAGCGAUGCCAGCAAUCGCACCUGCACUGAAUCUCUGGACUGCGAGUUUCGUUGUCGCGACUCUGGCGAGUGUUUGACCAGCGCUCAUCGCUGCAAUGCUCAUCAGGAUUGCCUGGACAAUUCGGAUGAGCUCGAUUGCGCGACAACAAAGCGCUUAAGGUUUCGCUGUGCUCUCCAAGAGUUUGCCUGCCACGAUGGUGAGCUUUGCCUGGAGCGACGCAAACGCUGCGAUGGUCACAAGGAUUGUCAUGAUAAUUCGGAUGAGCUGCACUGCUCGCAAUUUGAUCGCAGCAAGCUUUGCCAUCAGAUGCAGCAUGCCUGUGACAAUGGCAAGUGCGUGGACUCGAGCGUUUGGUGUGAUGGUCAGGACGACUGCGGCGACAACUCGGACGAGCAGCGCUGCUUGGCAACGGAGACGCAUUGCACUGUGGGGCAAUUUCAAUGCAGCAGCGGCUCAUGCAUUGCCAGCAGCUGGGAGUGCGAUGGUAAAAUCGAUUGCAGCGAUGCCAGCGAUGAGCACGACAAAUGCGGACGGAAACAGUGUGCGCCGAAUAUGCAUCGUUGCCUGCUCGGCCAGUGCUUGGAUGCCAAAUUAGUUUGCGAUGGGCACAACGACUGCGGCGAUCAAUCCGACGAGCUCAAUUGCAGCGAACAACCAAAGCUGGACAUAAGCUGUGGCGAUCAGUAUCAGUGCAGCAGCAAUUUGCGGAUUUGUCUGCCGGUGACGGCGCGCUGCAAUGGCAGCGCUGAAUGUCCGCGCGGCGAGGAUGAGGCCGACUGUGGCGAAAUGUGCAGCAUCUAUGAGUUCAAGUGUCGCAGCAUUGGGCAGUGCAUACGCCAGGAGUUCCGCUGCGACGGCGAACGCGACUGUGACGAUGGCAGCGAUGAGCAGCACUGCGAGCAGCGCAAUGCAACGACGGCGGCGCAGUCUUGGGCAAGUCAAGGACGCGCCUGUACCUCGCAGCAGUUCGAUUGCCAUGAUGGCGAAUGUGUGGAUCUGUCGCGUGUCUGCAAUGGCUUCGCCGACUGCAGCAAUGGCCAUGACGAGGGUGCGCAAUGCGAGAGCGCUUGCCGUCCGCCGCAGCUCUGCCAGCACAAGUGUCAGGCAACGCCCGCCGGCGCCAUCUGUAGCUGCAAUCCAGGCUAUCGUCUGGACAGCGAUCAGCGCAGCUGUGUGGAUAUUGACGAGUGCGCCGCACAGCCAACGGAACAAGCCUGCGCUCAGCUCUGCGAGAACACGCCCGGCAGCUAUCACUGCCAAUGCUAUCCGGAUUUUAUGUUGCGCCAAGAUCGCACAAGCUGCAAGAGCAUUGAAGCGCGCGCUGCCCUGCUAUUCAGCAGCUACGAUGAGCUGCGCAACAUGACGGAGGAGCCGGUUAGCCUGCAGUUGGCCUGGCAGGCCAAUGAUACUGCCAUCAGCGGCUUUGAUGUCGACUUGCAUCGUCAGCGCGGCUAUUUUAGCAGCAGCGAACAGCAAGUGCUUUAUCAAAUGGAUUUGGAGCAGCGCACGCCACGCGCCGCCUUGAGAUUGAGCAAUCCCAGCAAGCUUGCUGUCGAGUGGACAACGGGCAAUGUGUAUGUCAUAAGCGGCAGCGCAGCCACCGAGCUGCGCGUCUGCAACUUUGCAGCGAAAAUGUGCGCGCGACUGCUGCAGCUGACGCAGCCGCAUCUGACGCUCCAAGCGCUGGCAGUGGAUGCCUUGAAUGCGCGCAUGUUCUAUGCUGCCAAACGCAGUGAGAGCUAUCAGCAGCCCAGCAGUCAGAUCUAUAUGGCGCGUCUGGAUGGCAGUCGUCGCGAGCUGAUGCUGCGCAAGCAGCGCAGCUAUGUCACAGCGCUGGCUGUGGACACGCAUCAGCAGCUGCUGUACUUCACCGAUCUGCACAGUCGCACGCUGGAGGUGCUCAGCUAUAAGUCACGCAGCGGCGGCUUGCAGCGCCAGGCGUAUGUGAUGCUGCAGAAGAGCAAUGCAGUGAUGCACCCCACGGGCUUGAGCGUCUACGAGAAUCAUGCUUAUAUAGUUAACAUGGGCUCCAAGGAGGCUGUGCGUUGUCAGCUCUAUGCGCAGCGGCUAUGCACUUCGAUUAAUCUGAAUGUGUUAAAUGCACAGCAUAUUGUUGUUGCCGGCAUCUCGAGACAGCCGCUGGCAGCUGCGAAUCCUUGUCAGCAUGCCCACUGUGCUGGCAUGUGCGUGUUGGCCGCCUAUGGCUAUGAGUGUCUCUGUGGCGAUGUCAUUACACCCGAGAGUCAGGCUUGUCCGGCUGGUAGUACUAGUGAACUCAACAUGCCCAGCUUUGGCGCUGACUCUUCCAGUUCGAGCUCGUCUUCGUUUUGGCUCUUUGGCUUAUUUGUUAUAUUUGGACUUGUAGCCGCUGGCUUUGGGUACAUGUACUAUCAGUGGCGACAGCGUGGUCAUCAUCGCGAUCUCAACAUUAACCUGCAUUUCCAGAAUCCGCUGGCCACGCUGCUCAAUACCAAGCUCCAAGUGGGUACGACGGAACUCCCGCUCCAAGACACCAGAGCAGGUAACUUACCAACGGUGGUCGGAGAUGGAGCAACAGGAGCAGGAGCAGGCGGCUCCCUGCCAAGCAUCCUGGAGCAUCUUGAAACACCUAGCGAUCAUGGCAGCCCCGCAGGAGACUACAACGAUGAUGUACAUGCACGACUUGUGCCAUAGAUAAUUGUAUAGAUAAUUUUUUAUUUAUUUUUGUAUAAUUUAAAAAUGAUCUAACAAACACAGCUUAAUUAUUUACGUUGGAUCAUUUUCAAAUUUCGCGCCAUUCCACAGUUUCUGCUUCAGUUAAGCGUGUCAUUUAAACUGUUAAGCUUGCUUAGCAUUAUUUAUAAAGUUUAUACAUAA